AUGUCGUCAAGCGGCGAAGAAGCUUAUGGAGGCUAUGGAGCCGUGGGUAACAUUGACGAAUUUCUCGACGUUAUCGAUAGUCAAGGUACCUUUACACCACAUCGAGUUCAGCAGCCAGCCAACUUUUCCAGUCCUGCUCAAAAUCAGCACCAAAUGCAUGGCCAGCUUUCUACAGUUCAUACAAGUACUUCAAACGUUCGUUGGGAGCCUCCGCAGAUGCCUGCAGCCAUUAUGCCAUCAAGCCCAGUAGUCCCUGAAGAACCUUCAAGUCCAGAGGUUAGCAACAGCCCAAACGGAGGAAAUUUCACUCCAGCUCAUCAAGGGCGAAAAGGUUCUUCCGUACUUCUACAAAGUCCUUCCAUUUCGAAUGGCAGUCAGCAAAAUACAUUAAGCCCAAGAGUUGAAUCAGAUAUCAAUGAUGGUUCACCCACAGAUAGCCAGCAUUCAGAUGAAACAAGCGCUGUCGUAAUUCCAAGUGUUGAGUCACCAGAUGUCGAGAUUAAGGAAGAAUCCCAAGGCACACUUGAUCACGAUAGAAGCCAAGUGAUUUCAGACGAUAUGUACGACGCAAGCACUCAGGGAUCAAACCUUGCUCCGUCACAACAUUCCGAUAGGCAGCGUCCGUCUGUAUUCGGGACUCCAAAUAAUUCCAAUACUCACUUUGCUAGGACUUCCAGCCACUUUCAGACACCAAAACCAUCAUGUCAAACGAAGCAGCCAGACCCAGCCUCAGUCAGAUCCGACUCUGACGAUGACUGCUUUAUUACGGAUGUCAGAGAGGCACGUCCUGGAGGAAGCAGAGUGCCUGUUAUGAAAGAUAGGAGCCCCGUCGUUAAGGAUGAGCCAGUACUAGAUCCACCAGCCAGAUUUAGCACCCUGGAAGUUGACAACGGUAACUUCGAGAGAGGCAUGAGCACUUUCGAGUUUGAUCGGGAACCAAGUCCAACUGAAGAAGAAAUGCUCGCGGCUCAAGCAACAAUCAUUCCUCCAGCUGCUCAAAGUCCUGCCGAAGACAUACGCACUCCUAGAUCAACAAACGAGAGUAGAAAGAGACACCGCAACAGCAUAGCAUACUCUGAAGAGCAAGUGGAGAUUGAUAAUGCUAUGCAAGUCAAUGAAGAUGACGAUAAUUGGAUGCACGCACAAGGAAAUGAUGGCGAUGAGUUUCAAGAGGAGUAUGAGAAUCUCGUGAUUUUACGAGAUGCCUUGAACAAUGAUAUGAGGAGAAAAGGAAAUCUCAGUCUCGAUGAGAACGCUGACCUCAUCAGAAUCAAUAACACUCUUGCAAGGUUGGGUCGCCUAAAUGCUGCCAAAGCUAGAGCGGCCGAAGAUGAGGAUGAUGAAGAAGAUACACUCUUCAUCCCGGAAACACAUCGACGAGUGCCAAAUUUUGUUGAUAAUGGCGAAGGUCCGUCUUCAAGACGUAACGACGAAAAUGAGAAUGUGGAUGAUGAUGUAGGCCUUGCUAGGAUGCUACAGGAGGAAUUUGACCGCAGUUUUGACGAUGCCCCUGCCAAUAAACGCAAGCCGAAGAAAACACGUCGAGCACCACCCAAAAACGCUCGAGAAUUUGCCGCAAGAGGAGAGGAGAGAAGAAUCGAAAAAGAAAGAGCCAAGGCGCAGAAGAAAAAGGCUGCGGGAGGCGGGAAAGGCAGGAAGGCCGAGAAAGCUAAGGCCGUACGAAAAGGCAAAGGUAGAGGCAAGGAGAAAGGAAAAAAUUCCCAAAAGGGAUCUGUGAAUGUUGAUAAAGGCAUGAGAGACGCUCGAUUCAUGGGCCGUCGCGGAGGUCAAGACGACAUUGGACAGUUGAUCCUCGAUGAUCUUAUGAAUUGUGAUGCGAUCGGAGAUCGUCUCCAAGACCCUGUCUUCAAUAUUGCGCCAGAGCCAGAAAUCGACGGUAGAACUCGGACCAAAGCCUCUCAGCUUCAACAAUUGUUCGCCAACAUUCCUGAAGGUAGUAGCAAAAGUAAAGGAAAAUCUGACAAGGCAAAACUUUUGCAAGCUUCUCGCAGUUUCGGUUAUGCACAAGUUAAGGCUGUUAGUGGCAAGUGGCUCGUGAAGGGAAUGAGAUCGACCUUGUACCAUCAUCAACUACUUGGCGCGCAGUGGAUGGUAUCGAGAGAAUUGAGUUCUGAGCCGCCUCAUGGUGGUUUACUUGCCGAUUCGAUGGGUCUUGGUAAGACCGUACAAACUCUUGCUUGCAUGGUUGGCAAUCCACCCACCAAGGAAGAUCGAGAACGUGGGGUAACAGCAACAUUGAUCGUUGUACCAUCUUCGGUCAUUAGUCAAUGGCUAGAAGAGAUUGAAACCCAUGUCGAAUGCAAGAAAGUAUGUCCAAAGUUUAUGCAGUACAAGGCAUCGAUGCAUAUACCUGACGCCGUCUUGAAGGAUCUGGAUAUUGUCGUUACUUCCUACACCGAGGUCAUGAAGCAGUUCCCGUUCCCUGACCGCAAGGGUCGAGAGGAUAUUGCUAGAUAUGGGUAUAAGAAAUGGUGGAAAAACGCCCAUGAAGAGCUUGGUGCUCUCCACAAAAUCAACUGGCGAAGAGUCGUUCUUGACGAAGCCCACGCAAUUAAGAACAACUCUGCCAGAACAAGCUUGGCUUGCCAAAAUUUGAAGAGUGUUUAUCGCUGGUGUUUGACCGGUACUCCACUUUUAAAUAGGCUUGAAGAUUACGCUAUGAUGCGUCGUACUAUGAAGACCACCAUCCUUAAUCGACCAAUCAUAACGCUCCCUAAGCCCCACCCUGUUAUGCAACAGCUCAAUUUCUCCCGAGAAGAGAGAAUCAUUUAUCGAAUUACGGAAAGCCGCUUCCGUGCCAACCUUAAUUUAUUUCUGGCCAACGGCACUGCCCAGCGCGCCUAUGGAGUCUUGUUCGUUCAACUUCUUCGUCUUAGACAAUGCACUUCUCAUCCAUUUAUGCUUGAACGUACAAUGAGAGAAUCCUGGACCACCGAAGACGUCGAGCAACUUCGGAGGGAGCUUGGCAAAUUUGCUGAUAGCAAUAUAACAUUUUACGAGCAAUGCAAAAUAUGGGUUACUCAAAGUGAGGAAGAGAGAGCGGAAGCUAUAGCUAAAGGUGAAAAAGGAGCUGAGGCUAUUCCUUUUGGUAUUUCCAAAUUUGGUGAAAGUUUCAAAUUCGAUAGUGCUUUGGAUUCGCUCAACGAGGAGGAGCUUUACACUAGAAUCACUUGUCAUCUUUGCUCAGAUGUUCCGAAUGAGCCUAUAAUUACCACCUUCAAUGUUUGUCCCAAAUGUGAUAGCAUCUUCACCUCCGUCGAGCCAUAUACCGAUCUCGAGAUUCCUGAUGACGAAAACAUGGACUCUAGCCCAAGCCAGACUGCAGAAUCCGAAGGCUCAUUCCGGAGCAACAAACGUCAAAAGUCUUCUGACGAUUUCUCUCGUCGUUCACGCAGGUCUGUGAGCAAAGGUGUGGAUGCGCUUGGUUUUGAACCGUCCACCAAGGACAACACCUGGGUCACGAGAUCAGAUCAUGAUCCAGCAUUCCCACUUCUUCCAAGUGCGAAGACCACGGCUUUGAAGGCGUUAUUGUUGAAAGGAUUUGAAGAAGCACCUGAUGAUAAGGUGGUUAUUUACGUCCAAUUUCGCACUCUGGCGCGGAUCAUCGGCCGUAUGUGCGCAGCCGAAGGUUGGGGCUUUUUGUACCUGACAGGCGACGCAUCACUUGAGCACCGAACCAAAGCCGUCAAAGAAUUUCGCAUUCAAGAUAACAUACAAAUUCUGAUUGCCGGUCUGAAAUGCGGUGGUCUCGGUCUCAAUUUUCCAUUCGCCAAUCGAUGUAUUUCACUUGAUUUGUGGUGGAACUACGGCGUGGAGCAACAAGCUUUUGGUCGGAUCUUCCGCAUUGGUCAAAACAAAGAGACGUGGAUGACUCGACUCGUCGUUCGCAAUUCCGUCGAUAUGCGAUUGCUGGGUAUGCAGGACUGGAAGCUCAGAGCAUGUGAAAAAGCAAUUGAUAAUAAUGGACAAAGUGGUGCGAGUGGUAGUGGUGGAGGAACGUUGAAUUUAAGCCAGUUGGCUAGAUUGUUUGGUUUUUUGAGGACAGAUGAGGAUGAUAAUCUUUUACGUAUCGAACCGGAUUAUGAGGAUGAUCAUGAGGAUGAGGGAGUUAUUGGCUCGGGAGCUUCGCAGCAGGCAUCGUCGGGUAGUUGGAUGGAUUGA